CGGCGGCGACUUCCUCCGGGCCGGGCCGGACAGCGCACGGCCAUGGCCGAGGCGGCCGCGGCUCCGAUUUCUCCAUGGACGAUGGCAGCCACAAUUCAGGCCAUGGAGAGGAAGAUCGAAUCACAGGCUGCCCGCUUGCUUUCGCUAGAAGGUCGGACGGGGAUGGCCGAGAAGAAGCUGGCGGACUGCGAGAAGACGGCCGUGGAGUUCGGGAACCAGCUGGAGGGCAAGUGGGCCGUGCUGGGGACCCUGCUGCAGGAGUACGGGCUGCUGCAGAGGCGGCUGGAGAACAUGGAGAACCUGCUGAGGAACCGAAAUUUCUGGAUCCUGCGCCUGCCCCCGGGCAGCAAGGGGGAGGCCCCCAAGGUGCCCGUGACCUUUGAUGACGUGGCCGUGUAUUUCUCUGAGCAGGAGUGGGGCAAGCUGGAUGAGUGGCAGAAGGAGCUCUACAAGCACGUGAUGCGGGGCAACUACGAGACGCUGGUGUCCCUGGACUACGCCAUCUCCAAGCCUGAGGUCCUCUCCCAGACUGAACCGGGGAAGGAGCCGUGCAGCUGGCGUCGCCCUGGCCCCAAGGUUCCAGAUGUUCCUGUGGACCCAAGUCCAGGCUCGGGGCCCCCAGUUCCUGCCCCUGACCUCUUAAUGCAGAUCAAGCAGGAGGGCGAGCUCCAGCUCCAGGAGCAGCAGGCGCUGGGGGUAGAGGCGUGGGCAGCCGGACAGCCGGAUAUCGGGGAGGAGCCAUGGGGCCUCAGCCAGCUGGACUCGGGAGCAGGAGACGUCUCGACAGAUGCUGCCUCUGGCGUCCACUCCAACUUUUCAACCACUAUCCCACCCACUUCCUGGCAGGCGGACCUCCCUCCCCACCAUCCCUCUUCGGCAUGCUCAGACGGGACACUGAAGCUCAACACAGCGGCCUCCACAGAAGCAGAUGUAAAAAUUGUGAUCAAGACAGAAGUCCAGGAGGAGGAGGUGGUGGCCACACCCGUGCACCCCACUGACCUAGAGGCUCACGGGACCCUGUUCGGACCAGGCCAAGCCACGAGGUUUUUCCCUAGCCCCGUCCAGGAAGGAGCCUGGGAAAGCCAGGGCAGCUCCUUCCCCAGCCAGGACCCCGGGCUGGGCCUGAGAGAGCCCGCCCGGCCCGAGCGGGACAUGGGCGAGCUCAGCCCCGCGGUGGCCCAGGAGGAGGCACCCCCCGGGGACUGGCUCUUUGGGGGGGUCCGGUGGGGCUGGAAUUUCCGGUGCAAACCGCCCGUGGGCCUGAACCCGAGGACUGGGCCCGAGGGGGUGCCCUACAGCACCCCCGACAACGGGGAGGCCGUGCUGGACCCCGGCCAGGCCCCGAGGCCCUUCGGAGAGCCGUGUAAAUACCCCGGCCGGACCAAAGGCUUCGGCCACAAGCCGGGCCUGAAGAAGCACCCGGCGGCGCCCCCUGGCGGGCGGCCCUUCACGUGCGCCACGUGCGGGAAGAGCUUCCAGCUGCAGGUCAGCCUGAGCGCGCACCAGCGCGGCUGCGGGCUGCCCGAGGGGGCGCCGGGGGCGGCGGCGGCGGCGGCGGCGGCGGCGGGCGGCGGGGCGCGGGACGGCAGCGCGCUGCGGUGCGGGGAGUGCGGCCGCUGCUUCACGCGGCCCGCGCACCUCAUCCGCCACCGCAUGCUGCACACGGGCGAGCGGCCCUUCCCCUGCACCGAGUGCGAGAAGCGCUUCACCGAGCGCUCCAAGCUCAUCGACCACUACCGGACGCACACGGGCGUGCGGCCCUUCACCUGCACCGUGUGCGGCAAGAGCUUCAUCCGCAAGGACCACCUGCGCAAGCACCAGCGCAACCACGCGGCGGGGGCCAAGGGCCCGGCGCGCGGCCCGCCCCUCCCGCCGCUCCCGGCCGGGCCCCCGGACCCCUUCAAGAGCCCGGCCUCUAAAGGACCCUUGGCCUCCACAGACCUUGUGACCGACUGGACUUGUGGCCUGAGCGUCCUGGGACCCAGCGACGGCACGGACCUGUGAGGCACACCCCCUCUCCCAGGCCGGCGGGGUCGCCGGGGGGGGCCCCCCCUCCCCCGCAGGCCGCGCGUGUCGGACGCCCCUGUUGCAGACUGCGGGGUGGUGGGGAAGGCUGAGGUGGGAAUGGAGUCUGGGGGAAGCAGAUUUCCACGUUGCUGAACUGAUCACUGGAAAAAGAAAACGAUCCGGCCUCCACCUCUAAACAAAGUAGAAUUCUCUGAUUGUGAAACUGAGCAGCAUAGAAUUUUAAGUAAUUUAAUUAUGAAAACUUUUUUUUUUUUUUUUUAAUUCUUGACGAAAAAAGCUGGAAAAUAGACGUAGCACCAGUUUAGAGUGUACUUUUGGUUUCCGGAGCGCGUGUUUGUGUGGCCUGUGUCCUUACCAAGUCUGACAGUGAGUGUGCCCUGAGUUGGCCAGCUGGGGACACAGGUGAGGAGGGUCCUUCCCUCGCACCACUGACUCCUAGGGAUGGGCUGAUGGUUGCACAGAGCUGGGUGGAGGUGAGACACCUCUGGCCCCCCCCAAGCUGUACUCCAGGCCGCUGGGGCUGCAACUCCUCCCAUCGGCACCUGCUCUGCAGUGUGGAGACCUGCCCCCCACCUGCUGUCAGCCGGGAGAAGGACUUGCCCAGCAGCAGCCAGUCCUAUUUCCCAGCUCUCCUCAAUCUGAAAAGGCCCCCAAAAGUGCUGGCCUAUUACGGGCCAUCUGCCACCCCUAUGGAAAGGGAUCUGGGUGGUGUGACCCUGUUAGGUGACUCAGAGCCUUCUAACGGAGAGUCAUCUGAAAACCCAGUGUGAGGGCUGCAGAGACGAGGCAGCUGAGGCCGGCAAGUGGAAGCCUUGGCCGUCACCGUCACCUACCAAUAGAGCCAGGAACAAAGCUGGCCUGCCCGCCCAGAGCGGAGCUGCUUUCCACUCCAGAGAAAUGCUUCUCUUUCCUUUUCUCUCUGUGUAGUGUUUCAUUGUCAAAAUGCUUUCACUUCACAUCUCAUUUGAUGACUGUGACCUUGUGAAGCACGCAGGACAAGUGUUCUUUCUUGUUAGAGAUGAGGAAGUAAAUUCCUCAAGGGGGACACACCCCGGCCCGUCUCAGUCAAUUGCACGGCGCCGUGCCCAUGGGUGAGGAGGACUACGGACUAGACGCGGCUCAUCUUCCCAGAGCAUCAGUCUGGGGGAGGGAAGGGUUUCGUCUUUGCCCUCUUAAGAUUUGUGCCACAUCUGCCAGAGCAGAGUCGGCGGGCGUCAAGACGUCGCUGAGCGCUGGCCUCUUGGGUGAGUGUGCUCGGUGGCAGGUCCAAGAGGCUGAGCAGGGGCCAAGGGCUUGCUCACUCCCCAUCUGACAUCUUCGAGGUCGAACUAGAAACGGCCCAGGUUUCUUGAUUCUACCACAGUGCCGUCCCCACCACACAAGUAUCCAUUCCUGUUUUGUUGAAGCAGCCACUGGUUCCCUCGCCCCAAAUGGGUGACUUGUCUCCCCUGAGGAGCGAGAAACCAUGGCUUCCGUUCCAUCAGCUCCCUCGUGCGUACUUUUAUUAGGCAAUAGACUAGUUAAGAAAAUUGUUUCUAUGUACUGUAUAUUUUGUACCUGUUUACACUUCUAAUAUUGAUAUAACUGAUAUUUUGAAAAACAAAUGAAGAGGAAACAUCCUGUUAAAAUAAAACCUAACCAGCACCAA